UAAGUCAGAAAAAUUGUAAACAAUAGCAAUAUUUUGGAAAACGUUUAGGUAAAAUGUCUCAAGGAGCUGCCGGAACCGAAGCAAGCUUUGGCUUUAAAAAAAGAAACCUAAAGAAACCUGCCUUUAGAAGAAAACAAGAAUCCAGUGAGGAAUCUGAUGACAAUAAAAGUGACCAAGAACAAACCACCAGUAGCACUGCUGUAAUAAGAGCCGAACAAAAACGUAAGCGUACAAAUCCCAACUUUCAAAGCACUAAACACUUGAUGGCCAAAAGAGAACGUCAAAAGAAGGACAACUCGACAAGCGAUGAAAGUGAUGAGGAACGCAAAGUAACCGUAUCGUACAAAUCCAAUCGUACCGCUCAACCUAAUGGUCCCCAAGAUCAGGGAGCUGCUUCCAUCAAUGAAGUUGACACUGAACUAGAUCGUGAUGCUCAGGCUAUACACGAAAAGGCCCUUAAAAUCAAUGAAGACCUGGAAGGCAAAGCAGAUGAUAAAAUUUAUCGUGGUAUUAACAAUUACGCUCAAUACUAUAAGAAACAAGAUACUGCUGCGGGGAAUGCAAGUUCUGGCAUGGUACGCAGGGGACCCAUUAGGGCACCAGCCCAUUUACGUGCUACAGUGAGGUGGGAUUAUCAGCCAGAUAUUUGUAAAGAUUACAAGGAGACUGGUUAUUGUGGUUUCGGUGAUAGUUGUAAGUUUUUGCACGAUCGUAGUGAUUAUAAGGCCGGCUGGCAAUUAGAAAUGGACUAUGCCGCACAACAAAAAGGUGAUUGUGAGUCGGACGAAGAUGAUAGCAAAUAUGAGAUACAUUCCGAUGAAGAAUCAUUGCCAUUUAAAUGUUUCAUAUGCCGUCAAAGUUUUGUCAAUCCUGUGAUUACAAAAUGCAAGCACUAUUUUUGUGAAAAAUGUGCUUUGGAAAAUUAUAAAAAAUCCCAACGUUGUUUUAUCUGCUCACAACAAACAAAUGGCAUAUUCAAUCCCGCCAAGGAUUUAAUUGCUAGGCUUAAAAAUCAUCCCGAUGCAGAUGAUCCGGGUCAUAGUGACAGUGAUGUGGCCGAUAGUGACUAAAUUACAUAUAUAAAGACAUAUUUGGCCAAAGCCUAACAUAAGAUUUGUUGAAUUGUGUUAUGCUCGCUAAGAAGAAUAAAUUUGACUUAUUAAAUACUAAAAAUUUUUUAAAUAAAAACAUAAAAAUACAAA